GGGACGCUAUUCUUAAACUUCGCCCAGCUCUCCGCUUCCCAUUCGGAUACCAUUCAAGGGAGAGAGAGGCUGGCGUGUGAUGUGAGUACAACCUGAUCAGACGCCAGCCUCUCUCUCCCUUGAAUGGAAUCCGAAUGGGAAGCGGAGAGCUGAUCGUCAGUGCUAGGUUGAUAUGGAGGUCGUGUGGUGACGAGAUGAAAGCAUUUGGGCAGACGUGGAGACAGGUGAUAACGUUGGCAGAGAACCGAACGCAAUGGAGACCUCUGGCCGAAGUCCUAUCUUCCUCUAGGAAUUAAAGGAAGCAAUAAUAAUAAGCUGAAGGGUAUAAUGUCUAUAUGAUUUCAAAGCCCGCCUCAGUAACACGAACUUCAUAUUAGCCGCAAUCUGUAUGCACGCGAAGAUUCACCAACCACAAUACAUUUGAUAUAGACGUUUUGUUUGAUCAUGUCGAAAUGGACUAGGCGAUUAGGCUUAGCACUGGAAUGGACAUGUCAUGGGAUUCCUUGGAUAGCUUGUGUUUUGUCGUGGCUUAUAUUGUUGUGGAUUAACAACACACAAGGUGUUAAGCAAUUUUUAAAACUAUCCAGCGAUGAAAUCGACACAAAUGUUCCAAGACUACUGUCCUUACUCAUUGCCUUAUUAUUUGAUGCGAUUACAGUAGGCUUGAUCAAGUUGACAUUUCGACGUCAAAGACCUAAAGGAGAUAAUCAUUCAGAUAUGCGGUUAACCGUAGGCGUUGAUGCCUGGUCAUUUCCUUCAGGUCAUGCUAGUCGUUCAACAAUGCUGUUCUUUCUAAUCUCUUAUCUCUGGCUAUCAUCAUCGUCGAUUAAAUUAUGGAUAGGAUGUUUAUUGCUACUAUGGAGUAUUAUUGUAUGCUAUUCACGUUAUGCAAUGCGUCGUCAUCAUAUAACGGAUAUUCUAGCCGGUUGUAUAUUAGGCUAUGGGGAGUAUUAUUUGAUUAAACAAAUUAACUGGAACUUAGUAGCUCUAUACCUAUCUUCAUAUUUGUUUUAAAAGGCGAUAACAAAGACACACGUACCCCGUCUCCCUCCACACACACACCAUAAAUGUAACAAUAGGGAAAAGUGAUCGAAAAAUAAGUCAUACUUUUGAUUUUAAUGUAUACCUUUGUGUACUUUGAUAAUUUUCUUUGAUAAUUCCCUUAUCAAUAUUUGUAUUGUGCAAUAUUCAUGUGAACUGAGUAUAAAAGGUGUAAUCUGUUUUAAUUGUGAAAAUAUUUAUUUUGUCCAAUCAGAUUUUAGCCAUUAUUUUAGAUGGCAUAUUUUAUCAAUCACAGUCUGUUACAAAUCAUCAGUUUGCUUUUCCAUUUAUGUUACAUUUUGAUAAAAUCCAUUUUUACCAUGAUUAUUAUUCGUGCAAUAAAAGUCCAGUUAAUUCUUUCAUCGCGGUGAGAACAUUGAAUACACUGCGUGUGUGUGUGUGAGGGAGAGAGACUUACAUUUUCUAAGUUCUCCUACCUGUUAAUUUCUAUUCCCGAUUUUUGCUACGGUAUUUAUUUAUUUAUUUACUUACUUACUGAAUUAGAAAAGAUGCUAUUUUUAAAAGACAAUUUUGUUUGAAAUAAAGUUUUGAUGUACAAAUAGAUAUUGGAUACACUGGUAGAGUAUAACUUCAUUACAAAAUAAAUUUGUUUGCAUUUAAAGCGCACAGUAGCACAG